AUGCCGCCGUACCGCGAGUCGAAGCUGACGUACAUUCUGAAGGAUUCCCUUGGCGGCAACUCGAAGACGUUCAUGAUCGCGACGGUGAGCCCGAGUGGGAUGAACUACGAGGAGACGCUGAGCACGCUGCGCUACGCGUCGCGCGCACGCGACAUUGUGAAUGUGACGAGGGUGAAUGAGGACCCGCGCGCCCGGCGCAUCCGCGAGCUGGAGGAGCAGAUGGAUCAGAUGCGCAAGGAUAUCCAGGGCAAGGACCCCGCAUACAUCGCUGAGCUGGAGGAGAAGCUCAGGCUGCUGGAGGCGGAGGCUCAGAAGCGCGCCGCCGAUUUACAGGCGCUGGAGAAGGAGCGUGAGAAGAACGAGAUCCGCGAGAAGAUGCUGCGCGCGACGGAGGCCGAGCGGCAGGAGCUCCUGAGCAGAGCCGUUGCUAGGGAGCGAGAGCUGGAGGAAGCGCGACGGCAGGCGGUGGAGUUGGCGCGUCACAAAGAUAUGCUUCUACGUGAGCAAGCGGAGAAGGAGCGCUGCCUGCUUGAGCAGGUACGGCUUCACGAAGCCGAGAUGGAGAAUCAUAAGAAUGAGUGGGUGAACGCGCUAGAGACGGAGCGGUUAUCCGUGCUUCACUUGCGUUGCGAGUGUGAUUUGUACGGUCUCCAGGUGAUGGAGAUGGAGACUCGGCACGGGGAAACGGUGACACAUCUGGAACGGCGCGUAGAGCUGCUACUGCUGGCGUACAAACACGCGGCAGAGCGUGCCAUCACCAAUGAGUUGGUGGAGAAGCGGGAGUCGGAGGCGAAGUUGGUGUCAUAUGUGGAAAUGCUGAAGAAAGAGCAGCAGACGACUGCUGCUGAGUGCGAACGUCUGUCCUCCGCGCUGAGGGAGGCGGAGGCAAAAAGCGGCGUGUUGUUCACGGCAAAUGCGUCUCUCACGAGCAAGCUUUCUCAGCUGGAGGGAGAGAUGUGCAGCAUGCGGGAUAGACUCUCAGAGGCCGCAUUCGACCGCAGCGCACUCACCGCGAACUUUGUGGCGGUUGAGGCCGCGAAGGCGGAGCUUGAGGACCUCUACCGCGACGCCAACAAUGAGUGUGAGAUGCUCCAGCGGAGACUCAACGCAGCCCCCGUCCGCACUCACCACUACAAGAAAUUCAACGGUGACGAGUGGAACGUUGUACUGUACGGCCGACCACAUGAGCUCAUGGAGGUCUUUACGGAGGAGGUAAGUACAGCAUGCAAGGUGCCGAAAGAUUCAAUUGAGAACGUGACGUUCACCCUUGGCAGCCUUGCAUGCGACUUCGACGUCACUCACGCCGCCGACAUAAGCAAGGAAGCCGUCGCUGCGUGCAUAUCCCAACAUCCCUUCAAUCGUAUGCAACGACUCUACGAUGACCGCUAUGGAGUUAAAAAAGGCAUUGACUUGGCCAACGACGAAAUCCAACGACUAGAAGCUCAACACGAGAGUCACACGAAGGAAAUAACGUAUCUCACUACAACGAUAGAUAAUGUAGAGAAGACAAACGAAGAUCUAAAAGAAGAACUUGCGAACGCAAACAACAACGACGCGGCCCUACAAAGAAAAAUCGACAUACUAGAAGUCAACCACAACAUAACUGAACAAAAGCUACAGGAUGCCACGGAAACCAUCAACAAACUCCACAGCAAUUUGACAGAGCUUCACAACGCCAAGGAAGAGGUGGAGAGGAACCUCGAGGCGAUGACGGCUGAGCGUGACGAGCUGACGGAGAAGCUGCAGAGCACCGAGGACGCCAAGGAAGAGGUGGAGAGGAACCUCGAGGCGAUGACGGCUGAGCGUGACGAGCUGACGGAGAAGCUGCAGAGCACCGAGGACGCCAAGGAAGAGGUGGAGAGGAACCUCGAGGCGAUGACGGCUGAGCGUGACGAGCUGACGGAGAAGCUGCAGAGCACCGAG